CUGACCAGUUUCCAGGUCAGCGAUAGAGUCUGGUUCUGGGACGGCGCGUCCCGGACUGUUACCGGUACCGUUCAUGCCAUUGCGCGUCUUGCAGAUGGUACGCAACUCGUUGUGAUCAGGCGCGAUCAGGGUGGGGAAGUAAGCUUGCCGGCGGACACGGUAACUCGGAUAAGUUGGGUAGAGGGUUGA